CAUUUGCUAACAGCUGUUGUUGAGUAUGAUAGCAAAUUAGCAAUUAACAAAAUGAUAGCAAAUAUUAAUGAUAAUAGCAAAAUUGUAGCAAUUAUCAUAACAGCAAAAAGAAGUUGCCAAAAAAGGGAUCUUCUUAUUGAUAUCCAAAGAUUCCAACAUUGAUUCAUGAGAUUCAUUGCAUCCGGCCAUCCUGCUAGUACCAAAGGUUGGUUGCUUCUUCAUUAUUUAUCUGAGAGUGGAGGUUGGUUUGGAGGCAGUCCUGUGUGUGUGAGGUCUGUGAAGAACUCCUCCAAAUUCCAAUCAUGCAGGUUGAUGAAAGAUCAAAGAAGGCAAAGAAUGUUGAUGAAUGGCUUCCAAUUACUUCAUCAAGGAAAGCAAAAUGGUGGUAUUCUUCUUUCCACAAUGUGACUGCCAUGGUUGGAGCUGGUGUCCUUAGUCUCCCUUAUGCCAUGUCACACCUUGGAUGGGGGCCAGGAGUGAGUGUGUUGAUCAUAUCAUGGAUUAUAACACUAUACACUCUAUGGCAAAUGGUUGAGAUGCACGAAAUGGUGCCCGGGAAGCGUUUCGACAGGUAUCAUGAGUUGGGGCAACACGCGUUUGGUGAGAAGCUGGGGCUGUGGAUUGUGGUGCCUCAGCAGCUGGUGGUGGAAGUUGGGGUGGACAUAGUGUACAUGGUGACAGGCGGAAAAUCGCUGAAGAAAGUGCAUGAUUUGGUAUGUAAACACAGCUGCAAAGAUAUCAAACUCACUUACUUCAUUAUCAUCUUUGGAUCUGUCCAUUUUGGGCUUGCCCAUCUCCCCAACUUCAACUCCAUUUCUGGUGUGUCUUUGGCAGCAGCUAUAAUGUCAUUAAGUUACUCCACUAUUGCUUGGGGGGCUACUUUGAGCAAAGGUGUGCAAGCAGAUGUUGAUUAUGGCCCCAAAGAUCCAAGCAGAACAGGCAUGGUUUUCAACUUCUUCAGUGCAUUGGGGGACGUGGCGUUUGCGUAUGCCGGACACAAUGUAGUGCUGGAGAUCCAGGCAACGAUUCCUUCAACGCCUGAGAAGCCAUCGAAAGGGCCAAUGUGGAAGGGAGUUAUUGUUGCUUACAUUGUUGUUGCUGUGUGUUAUUUUCCAGUGGCUCUCAUAGGGUACUGGAUGUUCGGGAACAAGGUGGAGGACAACAUUCUCAUAUCCCUCGAAAAACCAACUUGGCUCGUAGUCAUGGCUAACAUGUUUGUAGUUGUUCAUGUCAUUGGCAGCUAUCAGAUCUUUGCCAUGCCUGUUUUUGACAUGAUGGAGACUGUUCUUGUCAAAAAACUCAUGUUCAAACCUACUUGGUACCUACGCUCCAUCGUUAGGGUCACUUAUGUGGCUCUCACCAUGUUUAUUGCCAUUUGCAUCCCUUUCUUUGGAGGGCUUCUUGGAUUCUUUGGAGGAUUCGCUUUCGCCCCAACUACAUACUUUCUCCCGUGCAUUAUGUGGCUUGCUAUUUACAAACCGAAGAAAUUUAGUCUUUCUUGGUGCUGUAACUGGGUGUGCAUUAUACUUGGAGUAGCUUUGAUGAUUUUAGCCCCUAUUGGAGCACUAAGAGCAAUUGUAUUACAAGCCAAGACCUACAAAUUCUUCUCCUAAAUACAACCUCACACCUUCAAUUCCUAUUGUUUUCAUACUAUAUUUUCAUUGUCUGUUUUUUUUUUUUUUUUUCCUUUUAAUGUUGUAAGGACUAUUGCAUUCAGUAUUGGUGUUUUAAUCCCAUAUAUAUAUAUAUAUGUGUGUGUGUAUUCCUAUGAAUAUUUAUCUGUUUGUUUUCCAUAUACUUAUUAUUAUG